ACAAAUUUGGAUAAACCAGAUUACCUCGAAGGUCAUAAAAUCGAAGAAAAAUUUAAAAAACCAAAGACCAAUACAGAUAUCGAUGAAAACAAAAUAGAUAUCCUAGAACAUCAACUUCUUCCACUCAGAUAAAUACUUUCAAACCCAAAUAAUCUAUAUCCACUCAAUUAUCAUCAACCUAAAAGUUUACUAGAAAACACGAAAGGUACUCCAAUGUUACAGAAAUUGCUUCGGAAUAUAUAUCGAAUUUUCAGUAUCUCAUCACGACGCUUGAAAAAACCAGGACACUUCUUAUAGAUAAAAACAUUAAACGCGGAUUCACAAUUUUGAAAAAUAAACUAAGAAAAGAAAAUAUCUCUGACAACGAUUCAAUGACUUUCUCCGAGGCCAGUGAUGAUGACCAAUUACAUCAUUCUCACAAUCAACCUAAAAAUGGCUGAUUAUAUAUUACAAUGGAACUUGAAUGGCUACCGUCCGCAAAAAGAAAAUCUCCAGAUCCUAAUCAAUAAAUAUAGUCCAGAUAUCAUAUGCCUCCAGGAAACAAAUUUUAAAAACAAUUUUCAAGCUAACAUAAAGAAUUAUACAAAUUUCACCAAAAACAGAACAAAUGCAACCCAUGCCAGUGGCGGAGUAGCUACAUAUAUUAAAAGAAGUUUCAAAGCAACUGAAAUUAUUCUAAAUACCGAUCUUGAGUGUGUUGCAAUUUCGGUCCUAUUCUCAAAAGGUCCGAUCAGCAUUUGCAACAUUUACCUACCCAAUAAUUGUAUCCUUUCACAACAAAAAAUAAGUAGUUCAUGCAAUCAGCUUCCAAAGCCUUAUAUAAUAUUGGGAGAUUUUAAUUGUCAUAGCUAUACGUGGGGUUCGUACAAACUAGAUGAAAGAGGGAAAACAAUGGAACAAAUUAUGGAAGACCUUAAUUUAGUACUAUUAAAUAAUAAUCAUCCAACUCACUUCAAUAAUUCCUACAACAUAUUCAGCGCUAUUGAUUUAUCAAUCUCUAGUCCCUCAAUCGCACAUAAUUUCAACUGGGAAACUAUCGAAGACCUAUACGGAAGUGAUCAUUAUCCCAUACUCUUACACUAUCAGUUAAAUCCGACUUCCACUUACUCUACAAAUGAAAUAAAAUGGAAUUUCAGGAAAGGUGAUUUUUCAGAAUACCAAAAUAUAAUCUCGAUAAAAAUAAACGAACUUCAAUCUCGAUGCGACCAAAUGAUGAAUAUCAACGAAAAAGUAGACAUUCUAACGAAAAUUAUACUUGAUGCUGCCAAAACAUGUAUUCCUAAUUCAUUGAGCAAAGCACAAAAGAAAAGGUUACCAUGGUGGAAUGAAGAAUGCAGUGAAUCUCUAAAAGCUUAUAAACAUGCCUUUCAAAAAUACAAACGCCACCCUACGUUUAACAAUCUAUACGAAUAUAAGCGCUUAAGGGCAUAUUCGCGUAAAACCUUUAAACAACAAAAAAAAGUAUCGUGGGAAAAUUUUAUAUCUUCUAUUAAUGCAUCUACAUCUACUUCUACAGUAUGGGAAAAACAAAAAAGAAUCAAUGGAACUGGAACUCGGGUUCCCCUUCCUAACAUUAUGCAGUCUCCAGACAACACUAUCGUAACCAAGACUGAAGAUAAGGCUAACCUAUUAGCUA